AUGCUGAGAAGCAAGUUGCUUCGCCCCUCCUCCAACAGCUCCAUACGAGCCUUCACUUCUUCUACAAUAUGUAGAGAAGGUCCCCAUCGGUCGCCAGGCUUAGGUGACAUCACUCCAGAUGGCACCGCAGCCUUCGAGGCGAAGCAAAAACAAUUCAGAGAAGAUAUGGCUGCUGCAAAGCGAAAGAAAGAACAAGCUGAAAGUCAGUUGCGCGAGAGCUUUCAUUCUGACUCUGAUGCUACCCCUUCUUCAUACAAUGCCCAACAUAUGUCUAGCGAAACGGUUUUAGAUAGUCCGCAUGGCUCACCUGCAGCUGCCAAUCCCUUGGGACUAGGAUCACUAAGAAUUCAUGCAACAGGAGAUCAACGUCAAGCCGAACAAGACACUACCACCAAGCGAGGUGGGAAGUUAUCGAGCCUAAUCUACGGUACCCCCGAAGGACAGCAGCUGGACCAAGAUAUGGAGCGAUCUUUCUCGCAAUUGCUCGCACGAGGCAAAUACGUACAUUCGAUCGUCUCUCACGACGUCAAGCCGGAUAAAGUGGAUGAGUACGUAAAGACAGUAGGAGACUGGUAUCCGAAGGUAGCAGCCAAUCCAGAGAACAAGGUUCACUUGGUUGGAAGUUGGAGGACUGAGAUUGGUGAUUGCGAUACAUUUGUACAUAUAUGGGAGUAUCAGCGAUAUACCGGCUACCAUCAAUCAUUACACACUAUACAACAUCACCCCGAAUUUGCAGAGUUUGACCGCAAACUAAAAACAUUGAUCAACUCCAAGAAGUCGUCGUUGAUGCAAGAAUUCUCUUUCUGGCCCACGACACCACCCCGAAGACUGGGCGGUGUUUUCGAGCUCAGAUCAUACACGCUACAUCCUGGUAACCUCUUGGAGUGGGAGACACAUUGGCGAAAGGGUCUAAAAGCCAGACGCGAAGUCAUGGAGGGUGUCGGAGCCUGGUUCGUGCAGAUAGGAGACCUCAACGUGGUUCACCACCUGUGGCAGUUCGCAAAUCUGGAGGAAAGAAGGUUGAGGAGGGAACAAUCCUGGGGUGUGGAAGGCUGGGCCGACACUGUUCAUAAGACUGUGCCGCUGAUCCAAACGAUGAAGAGCAGGAUCAUGGUACCAAUGCCUUGGAGUCCGGUUCAAUGA